AUGGAAGGCGGAGGACAGAGCGAAGAGCUAUAUCCCAUUGCCGUCCUCAUUGACGAGCUCAAACACGACGAUGUUCUCCUUCGCCUGAACGCAAUCCACAGACUUUCAACCAUUUCGUUGGCGCUUGGAGCUGAGCGGACCAGAGAUGAGCUCAUACCCUUCCUCGACGAGUCGGUGGAAGACGAGGAUGAAGUUCUGACUGCAUUAAGUGAGGAACUCGGAAAUUUCGUCGAAUACGUAGGAGGACCUGAAUAUGGACAUGUUCUCCUAUCGCCUCUGGAGAACCUGGCUGCGAUCGAAGAACCCCUUGUUCGCGAGAAGGCUGUCGAGUCUUUAAAUAAAAUCUGCGAGCAGCUAUCUCCAGAGCAGAUCGAAUCACACUUCAUCCCUCUAGUUGUCAGUCUGUCCAAAGCCGAUUGGUUUACCUCAAAAAUAUCAGCUACCGGGCUGUAUAACGUUCCAUAUGCCAGAGCUGGACCACCGUCACAAGAAAAACUUCGUCAGCAAUUCGGUCAGCUUGUUCACGACGAUACACCCAUGGUCAGACGACAGUCGGCCAACAAUCUUGCCAAAUUCGUCAAGGAGAUGCCAGCUACCAUUGUCAUAGAGGAAAUGAUUCCACUCUUCCAGCAUUUAGCAAGUGAUGAUCAAGAUAGUGUUCGGCUGUUGACAGUCGAUAUCCUCAUAGCCAUCGCUGAAGUCGUCCCCAAGGAGCAGCAAUCGAGUCAUGGUGUUCUUCUGACCGCACUGAGAAGCCUGUUCGAAGACAAGAGCUGGCGAGUCCGGUACAUGGUUGCAGAUCGAUUUGAGAAGAUCGCCAAAGCAGUUGACGAGGAGGUCGUAAGCCGAGAUCUCGUUCCUGCCUUUGUGAAACUUCUCAAGGACACCGAGGCAGAAGUGCGAACAGCCGUCUCAGGACAGAUUCCAGGAUUCUGUGCUCUCCUUGAUCGGGAGACUCUCCUGCACGAGAUCAUGCCAAGUAUCGAAGAGCUUGUGACAGACCAGUCUCAACACGUGCGAGCUGCCCUAGGUACUCAGCUUAGUGGUCUCGCACCAAUUCUAGGCAAGGACGAAACCAUUAUACACCUCCUUCCCAUGUUUCUACAAAUGCUGAAGGACGAAUUCCCUGAUGUUCGAUUGAACAUAAUCUCCAAGCUUGAGCUCGUCAACAAUGUUAUUGGUAUCGACCUCCUGUCACAAUCGCUUCUUCCUGCUAUCGUACAGCUUGCCGAGGACAAACAGUGGCGUGUGCGUCUAGCCAUCAUCGAAUACGUCCCUCUCCUUGCAAGCCAGCUGGGUGUAAACUUCUUUGACGAGAAGCUCAGUAGCCUAUGCAUGAGCUGGCUUGGUGACACUGUUUUCUCGAUUCGAGAGGCUUCUACGCAAAAUCUCAAAAAACUGACGGAAGUAUUUGGUGUCGAAUGGGCCAACGACGCGAUUGUGCCGAAGGUCAUGGCCAUGGGCCAGCACCCAAAUUAUCUUUACCGCAUGACGACAUGCUUCGCAGUCUCAACCCUUGCACCAGCACUUACGCUCAGUGUCAUAGAAGCUUCAAUUCUUCCCAUGAUGGACAAGCUUGUUGCUGACGACAUCCCAAACAUUCGCUUCAAUGUAGCGAAAUCAUACGCCGUCCUCAUUGAUGUGCUCAAGAAAGUCCCAGAAACUGGGACAUUGUCGGCUCUCGAGAAAGCUGGAAAGCCCACAAGCGGUUCACAGAAGGGUCAGGACCUCAUUACCAAGCAAAUACUGCCGAACCUCGAGAAGCUACAGCAGGAUGAUGACACGGACGUCAGGUACUUUGCAACAACUGCCGCGCAGAGUUUUACGGAGGCAAUGCAAUCAUAG